CCGCGCAGCAGGAGCGCGCAGAGCCGAGAGGAGAAGCGACGCCAUCCUUUCAGCGGAGCCAAAUCCGUCACCAGCCCGACUUUGACUGCCUCGAACACGAAAAAGGCGCCGAGCCGCUCUCACCUCCAGUGCCUCCUGCUGUGGCUCAAAAAGCAGUUGCCAUGAGUGACGCAGACAAGUUCCUGUACGGGGACCGCGGCGGGAUGAGCGACCCGCUGGCUCAGGCCGACUGGUCCAGCAAGAAACAGGUGUGGGUGCCCUCCGAGAAGCUGGGCUUUGAGGCCGGCUCGGUCAAGGAGGAGCUGGGCGAGGAGUGCGUGGUGGAGCUCAUCGACUCUGGCAAAAAGGUGAAGAUCAACAAGGACGACAUCCAGAAGAUGAACCCGCCCAAGUUCAACAAGGUGGAGGACAUGGCUGAGCUCACCUGCCUCAACGAAGCGUCCGUGCUGCACAAUCUCAAAGAACGCUACUACUCCGGACUCAUCUACACUUACUCGGGCCUCUUCUGUGUGGUGGUCAACCCGUACAAGCACCUGCCCAUCUACUCGGAGGAUAUCAUCAACAUGUACAAGGGCAAGAAGAGGCACGAGAUGCCGCCUCACAUCUACGCCAUCACCGACACGGCCUACAGGAGCAUGAUGCAGGAUCGAGAGGAUCAGUCCAUCCUUUGUACUGGUGAGUCUGGAGCAGGCAAAACUGAGAAUACCAAGAAGGUCAUUCAGUAUCUGGCCCACGUUGCCUCAUCUUUCAAGUCUAAGAAGGAUCAGGGGGAGCUGGAGAAGCAGCUGCUGCAGGCCAACCCGAUUUUGGAAGCCUUCGGUAACGCCAAGACUGUCAAGAACGACAACUCCUCUAGAUUUGGAAAGUUUAUCAGGAUCAACUUUGAUGUGAAUGGAUACAUCGUUGGAGCCAACAUCGAAACUUACCUGUUGGAGAAGUCUCGGGCCAUCAGACAGGCCAAAGAAGAGCGAAGCUUCCACAUCUUCUACUACAUGCUGACCGGAGCAGGAGACAAGCUGCGCUCCGAGUUGUGUCUGGAAGACUACAGCAAGUACCGCUUUCUGUCAAAUGGCAACUUGACAAUUCCGGGCCAGCAGGACAAGGACAUGUUCUCGGACACCAUCGAGGCCUUCAAGAUCAUGAGUAUUCCAGAAGAGGAAAGAAUUGGCCUGUUGAAGGUGGUCGCCGCCGUGCUGCAGUUGGGGAACAUGACCUUCAAGAAAGAGCGUAGCUCGGACCAGGCAUCCAUGCCAGAUGACACUGCCGCACAGAAAGUGUCUCACCUGCUGGGCAUCAACGUGACCGACUUCACUCGAGCCAUCUUAUCGCCACGUAUCAAGGUGGGGCGUGACUACGUCCAGAAGGCUCAAACUCAGGAGCAGGCCGAAUUUGCUGUGGAGGCCCUGGCUAAAGCGUCGUAUGAGCGGAUGUUCCGCUGGUUGGUCAUGAGGAUCAACAAAGCUCUGGACAAGACCAAGAGGCAAGGAGCCUCCUUCAUCGGCAUCCUGGACAUUGCUGGCUUUGAGAUCUUUGAGCUGAAUUCGUUUGAGCAGCUGUGCAUCAACUACACUAACGAGAAGCUGCAGCAGCUCUUCAACCACACCAUGUUCAUCCUGGAGCAGGAGGAGUACCAGAGGGAGGGCAUCGACUGGAGCUUCAUCGACUUUGGUCUGGACCUGCAGCCCUGCAUCGAUCUCAUUGAGAAACACUCCGGACCUCCUGGCAUCUUGUCUCUGCUGGAUGAGGAGUGCUGGUUUCCCAAGGCGACCGACAAGAGCUUUGUGGAGAAGGUUGUUCAGGAGCAAGGAACACACCCCAAAUUCCAGAAAUCCAAGAAAUUAAAGGAUGACUCUGACUUCUGCAUUAUCCACUAUGCUGGGAAGGUGGACUACAAAGCAGAUGCAUGGCUGAUGAAAAACAUGGAUCCUCUGAAUGAGUGUGUGGCCACAUUGCUCAACCAGUCCACUGACAAAUUUACAGCUGACCUUUGGAGAGACGUCGACCGUAUUGUGGGCCUGGAUAAGGUAACGGGAAUGUCAGACUCCAUGCACGGCGCGUUCAAAACCCGUAAAGGCAUGUUCCGCACAGUGGGCCAGCUGUACAAGGAACAGCUCGGGAACCUGAUGGCCACGCUCAGAAACACCAACCCCAACUUUGUUCGCUGCAUCAUCCCCAACCAUGAGAAGAAGGCAGGUAAACUGGAGCCUCACCUGGUUCUGGACCAGCUGAGGUGUAAUGGUGUCUUGGAGGGGAUCCGAAUCUGCAGACAGGGCUUCCCCAACCGUAUUGUCUUCCAAGAGUUCAGACAGAGGUAUGAAAUCCUCACUCCGAAUGCCAUCCCGAAGGGCUUUAUGGAUGGCAAGCAAGCCUGUGAGCUCAUGAUCACUGCUUUGGAAUUGGACGCCAACCUAUACCGCAUCGGGCAGAGUAAAGUGUUCUUCAGAGCUGGCGUUCUGGCUCACCUGGAGGAGGAGAGAGACAUUAAGGUCACUGAUGUCAUCAUCACCUUCCAGGCCUGGUGCCGAGGAUACGUGGCCCGCAAAGCCUUUGCCAAGAGACAGCAACAGUUGAUGGCUAUGAAAGUUAUCCAGAGGAACCUUUCCGCUUACCUCAAAUUGAGGAACUGGCAGUGGUGGAGACUUUUCACCAAGGUGAAGCCGCUGCUGCAAGUGACCCGACAGGAGGAGGAGAUGGUGGCCAAGGAGGAGGAGCUGCAGAAGGUCAAAGAGAAGCAGUUGCAGGCUGAGGAGCAGCUUCAACAAUACGAGAGCAAGCAACAGCAGCUGAGCUCAGAGAAGCUGGUCCUCCAGGAGCAACUCCAGGCCGAGACGGAGCUGUGCGCUGAGGCCGAGGAAAUGCGAUCCCGUCUGGCAACCAAGAAGCAGGAGCUGGAGGAGAUCCUUCACGACAUGGAGUCUCGCCUGGAAGAGGAGGAGGAACGUGUGGGCCAGAUGCACAACGAAAGGAAAAAGAUGCAGCAGAACAUUAUAGACCUAGAGCAGCAGCUGGAUGAGGAAGAAGCAGCCAGACAGAAGCUCCAGAUGGAGAAGGUCACCACGGACGCUAAAGUGAAAAAAAUCGAAGAGGACAUGAUGGUGCUUGAUGACCAGAAUAACAAACUCAACAAGGAGAAGAAACUUUUGGAUGAGAGGAUCUCAGAGUUCACAACCAACUUGGCUGAGGAGGAGGAGAAAUCUAAAAGCUUGCAGAAACUCAAAAAUAAGCAUGAGGCCAUGAUCAUGGAUUUGGAGGAACGUCUAAGAAAGGAGGAGAAAAUGCGCCAGGAGCUGGAGAAGAACCGUCGUAAACUUGAGGGUGACUCAACAGACCUCAGUGACCAGAUUUCAGAACUUCAGGCCCGCAUCGCUGAACUGGAAGCUCAGCUGGCCAAGAAAGAGGAGGAACUGCUGGCUGCACUGGCAAAGAUCGAGGAGGAGGCCGCAGCCAAGAACACGGCCCAGAAGAAUAUCCGUGAGCUGGAAGCUCAGAUCUCUGAGCUGAAGGAGGAUUUGGAGCUGGAGAUACAAGGGCGCACCAAGGCAGAGAAGCUGCGCAGGGAUCUGGGUGAGGAACUGGAAGCUCUCAAGACUGAGUUGGAGGACACUUUAGACUCUACUGCAGCACAGCAGGAGCUGAGGACCAAACGUGAGACGGAGGUUGCGCACCUUAAGAAGAAUCUGGACGAGGAUGCCAAGGCCCACGAGCAGCUCAUGGCUGACAUGAGACAGAAACACAACCAGGCCUUUGACGAGCUUAAUGAGCAGCUGGAGCAGGCCAAGCGGAACAAGAUGUCUGUGGAGAAAUCAAAGCAGGCCCUAGAGAGCGAGUGGAACGAAGUGAAGAUUGAGCUAAAGACCCUGGCACAAGGUAAAUCUGAUUCUGAGCACCGUCGGAAGAAAGCAGAGUCCCAAGUGCAGGAGCUUCAAGUCAAAUAUGGAGACAGCGAACGGCAGAGGCAGGAGAUGGUUGACAAGAUGGCCAAAAUGCAGGCUGAGCUGGACAAUGUCAACAGCCUUCUGACAGAAGCAGAGGGCAAGAACAUCAAAUCCAGCAAAGACAUUUCUUCAGUAGAGUCUCAGCUGCAGGAUACACAGGAGCUGCUCCAAGAGGAGACUCGUCAGAAGCUGAACCUCUCCACUCGCUUGCGGCAGCAGGAGGAAGAGCAGAACAACAUGAGGGAGCUGCUGGAGGAAGAGGAGGAGGGCAAGAGGAACGUGGAGAAGCAGGUCUUCUCGCUUCAGGUCCAGCUUGCUGACAUGAAGAAGAAGUUGGAUCAGGAGAUGGCCAACCUGGAGAGCGCAGAGGAGGGUCGCAAGCGCGUCCAACGCGACACCGACUCGUUGCAGCAGCAGCUGGAAGAGAAGACCGCCGCCUACGACAAACUGGACAAGACCAAAACGCGUUUGCAGCGGGAGCUGGAUGACCUCACGGUGGACCAGGACAACCUGAGGCAGGUGGUCUCCAACCUGGAAAGGAAGCAGAAGAAGUUUGACCAGAUGCUGGCUGAGGAGAAGACCAUCUCCAGUCAGUAUGCCGAGGAGCGCGACAGGGCUGAGGCCGACGCCAGAGAGAAGGACACGCGGGCGCUGACCCUGGCCCGCGAGCUGGAGACCAUGACGGACCUGAAGGACGAGUUGGAUCGGGUCAACAAGCUACUCAAAGCAGAGAUGGACGAAUUGGUCUCCUCGAAGGACGACGUGGGCAAGAGUGUCCACGAGCUGGAGCGGUCCAAGCGUACCAUGGAGCAGCAGUUGGAGGAGAUGAGGGUUCAGCUGGAGGAGCUGGAGGAUGAGCUGCAGGCCACUGAGGAUGCCAAACUACGUCUGGAGGUCAACAUGCAGGCCAUGAAGGCCCAGUUUGACCGGGACCUGCAGGCCAGAGACGAGCAGGGCGAGGAGCGGAGGAAGCAGCUGGUCAAACAGGUUUGUGGGAUGGAAGUGGAGCUGGAGGAUGAACGGCGGCAGCGCUCUCAGGCACUGUCUGCCAAGAAGAAGAUGGAGCUGGACCUGGCAGAGCUGGAAAACCAGAUCGAUGCUGCCAACAAGACCCGUGAUGAGGCCGUCAGACAGCUCAAGAAGCUGCAGGCCCUUAUGAAAGAGCAAAUGAGAGAGUUCGACGACCUGCGCAUUUCCCGAGAUGAAGCGGUCAACGUGGCCAAGGAGACCGAGAGGAAGCUGAAGGCCAUGGAUGCAGACGUCCUGCACUACCAGGAGGAUCUCGCCACUGCCGAGAGACUAAAGAGACAAAUCCAGGCAGAGAGAGACGAUUUACAGGAUGAGAUUAACAACGGCAACACUAAAAAUUCUCUGCUGACUGAUGAGAAGAGGAGGCUGGAGGCUCGCAUAGCUCAGUUGGAGGGAGAACUGGACGAGGAGGUGCUCAACACCGAGAUGGUCAGCGAGCGUCUGAAGAGAACCACGCUACAGAUGGAGCAGCUGACCACAGAGCUGGCUGCCGAGCACAGCAACGCCCAGCGUCUGGAAGGCGCUCGUUCCCAGCUAGAUCGCCAGAACAAGGAGCUGAAGUUGAAGCUCCAGGAGCUUGAGAGCACCAUCAAGUCCAAGUACAAGUCCACCAUCGCCUCCCUGGAGGCCAAGAUCGCUCAAGUGGAGGAGCAGCUCGACAUCGAGUCAAAGGAGCGUCAGCAAGCAUCCCGGCUGGUCAGGAGGACGGAGAAGAAGCUGAAGGAGACAAUGUUGAUGGUUGACGAUGAGCGGCGCUGCGCGGAGCAGUUCAAGGACCAGGCUGACAAGACCAACAACCGCAUGCGCCAGGUGAAGCGCCAGCUGGAGGAGGCAGAGGAGGAGGUGAACCGAUCCAACGCCUACCGUAGGAAGCUGCAGAGGGAGCUGGAGGACGCCAGCGAGUCGGCAGACGCCAUGAACCGGGAAGUCAGCAGUCUGAAGAGCAAGCUCAGGCGCGGAGACGUGCAUUUGAACAUCCGCCGCGCCAUUACUCGCACAGGACUGGAGAGCGACGAGGAGCUGGACGUAUCCACUGAGGCGUCCGAGCCGGCUGCUGAGUGAGACCAGGAACGAGCAGAGGGAAAUAUUCUGAUUGCAGUUAAAGUGCAAUGAUAGCGGAAACAAAAGCCAUGCCAAAUGAAAACUAUACAACAUUCUGGCACAGAAUUGUAUACCCUUUCAUUCCUUUGUAAAACAGCCUUAUCACGCUGACUUCAUCUUUCUCUACUAACAGGGCUUUAUAGUGUAUUGUACAACGAUCCUUAUGCUGCAAGCUCUGCUUGAACUACUCACGUUAUGCUUUUUUUUUUGUGCAGGGGGUUCAUAUUUGGCAUCAGAAUAAAUGUAUGGCCUCUAAGAUGUUAGCUCAACUAUACUGGUGGUGGGUUUACCAUUUAGCAGCAAUCUGCACAUUUGCCUCUGAAUUUUGAAUUCUGCGCGAACUCUUAAUACAGCGCUGCAUCACGCCCCCCCAACCACCCAAAAAAGCACAUUGUAUUGUUGCAAACAUCUUACGGCUGGUCUUUGUCUUGUCAAAUGCCUUCAUGGAUAUCUAUAAUAAAUAAUCAUCUGGUGA